GGCGCUCUCUACUCCCCCAAGUCCCCACGCUUCUUGUAGUCCACCUAGCUACAGGCCCUCAAAUCCCUGCUACCGAGCCAUGGAGGCAGACGCGAGCCAUGCACCCACCACCUCUUCCUCCUCCGUCUCCUCGUCGACAUUGUCCACCUCCUCCUCCUCCUCCUCCCUCGCCACCAGCGCGCUAGAGCUCCCCAAGAGCCCCAAGCCCAAGCACCCCAAGAAGCGCAAGAGAGCCGCCUCCGACCGAGAGCAGGACGCCGCCGCGAACACCAAUGGUGUCCGUGGAGACGAGAGCAGCUGCUGCAGCACCGACGAAGACUUCGCCGCCGCGAGCGUCAAGGCGGCCGUGCCCAAGAGCGGCUUCAAGCACCCGUCGUACCGCGGGGUGCGGCGCCGGAGCUGGGGCAAGUGGGUGUCCGAGAUCCGCGAGCCGCGCAAGAAGUCGCGCAUCUGGCUCGGCACCUUCCCGACCGCCGAGAUGGCGGCGCGCGCCCACGACGUGGCCGCGCUCGCCAUCAAGGGCCGCUCCGCGCACCUCAACUUCCCGGAGCUCGCGCACGAGCUGCCCCGCCCGGACUCCACGUCGCCCGCGGACAUCCAGGCCGCCGCCGCGAAGGCCGCCGCCACCGCCGCCGUGCAGUGCGAGGCCGAGCCCGAGCACGAGCACGAGCCGGAGACGCCGUCGUCCUCCUCCGGCGCCGUCUCGGAGACACCGGAGGCCGCAGCCUGCGCCGAAGCGGCGCCCGCGGACAGCGGCGAGGUCGACAAUGCGCUGUUCGACCUGCCCGACCUCCUUCUGGACCUGAGGGACGGGCUCUUCUGGUCGCCGGUCUGGCCGGCGGCGCUGGCCGCCGAGGAGUACGACGGCGGCUGCUGCGUCGGGCUCAGCGAGCCUCUCCUGUGGGCCGAGUAGGAAUAUAUUCUUUUUACCGUUCUGGGCUCAUGAAUUGCUUUGCUAGUGUACUAGUAUAGCAAAAGAUUUAGUGGUAGCAGUAGCACUGCUGUUGGAAAAAAGUUAUCGUCAGCUGUUUGUGAGUCUUCUUCACUCGACCAUGAAACAUGUGUGCCUUUUUUUAAUUGCUAUCAACCAAAGAAGCUUUGCCAGACACGAUGGACUUCCCCGGAAAAGAAGACGCAGGUUUACUC